AUGGGUUUUGGAGAUAAGUGUUGUGUCGGCGGCUGUAACAACGACAGAAGAUAUCCGAAAAAAUGGGUCAUCCACUCGCAUGUAGAGAAGUUAUCAUUCCACAAGCCCAAGCAAUCGUUGAUUGAAGCAUGGUCUCGACAGGUUCAGAAGGGAAGAAAAGAUUUCUCAAUAGGAAAGUCAAGAGAGAGUGUUGUCAUCUGCUCUAAUCAUUUUCGAGACGGGAAGCCUUCUGUAAGCAACCCUAUACCUACUCUUUUUUUGACUCCUUUUGAGCAUUCAAAUAGUAAGUCACCCAAAAAGCGGCGUCGAUUAGAGUAUCAAAAGGAGACUGCAACGUCAGCAGUAACUAAAUCAGUUGUACAUGCUGGCCCUUCAGAGGUGACACCGGUUGAUAAUAGUGGUAUACCUGCAAGUGAUGAAUUGAUGAAAAGUGGAGACGAUUCCUCGGGGUUAACACUGUGUACAGCCUGUGCACAAAUAACUAGAGAUGCUGAUGUUCGACUCUAUACUGGCAUGCAAAAUACAGAUGCUUUCAGAACCUUAUUUGAAUAUUUACUCCCUAAAGCUAAGAAUAUGAAUUACUGGAAAGGUGAUAAGCAAACUGAGGCAGAGAAGCCCAAAAGGUACUCUGAUAUGACCAUGGAUGAGUCCCCAAAUGUCAGGAAACCUGGCCCCCAAAGGAAACUAAAACUUGAGCAGGAACUUUUACUGAUAAUGAUGAGGCUUCGCUUAGCUUUGUCUGUUGGGGAUCUGGCAUUCCGAUUUGCAAUAUCAGACACUCUUGUCAGUUCAAUUUUUAUCUCCUGGGUAAAGCUAAUGAAAUGUGAGCUCUCAUGGCUUAUCAAGUGGCCCUCUAAGGAGCAGACGAAGAAAGUGCUACCAAAGUGCUUCGAAAAAUACUACUCUAAAGUUCGGUGCAUUAUUGACUGUUCAGAAGUAUUCAUCGAAACACCAUCAAGCUUAGAGCUACAGGCUAUUUGUUGGUCAGACUAUAAACACCAUUGCACUUUUAAGUUUUUGAUUGGAAUAACUCCAAAUGGAUUAAUUUCUUUUGUGUCUGAUUGCUAUGGGGGUAGAGCAUCAGACAAAUUUAUUGUCAUGGACAGUAGGUUCAUGAACCACCUUGAGCCAUUUGACCAAGUUAUGGCAGACAGAGGCUUUAAGAUUCGUGAUGACUUGGCCAUGUAUCAGGCUACCUUGGCCAUUCCCCCAAGUACUGUGGGCAACUUCCAAAUGCCAUCACAAGAUGUGUUAGAAACAUCAAGGUUGGCAAAUGUGCGCAUUUAUGUAGAGCAGGCAAUAGGUAGGGUCAAACACUUCAAGAUUUUAAGUCAUAUAAUGCCAAUGAGCUGCCUUCCUUUGUGUGAUGACAUCCUCAUUACAUGUUGUAGCCUAUGCAAUCUUCUUCCCCCCCUAUGUGAGUAA